CGUCACUCGUUGAUAACGCAAAACUACCGCUUGACUUGAUAGGAACACCAUACCGAGGGUAAAAAAACAAAACAACGGAAAACAAGGCAACAGGCACCGGUCACACUUUGCACAUUUCUGCCAUUGCCAUGAAAUGAGGGCACCAUGGGCGCCAAAGAGUCACGGAUAGGCUUCCUUUCGUAUGACGAGGCCGUUAAAAGAGUUACCGAUGUGGAGCUCAAACGUCUGCGAGAUGCCUUCAAGAGGACCAGUGGCCUGUCAGUGUAUAUGACCCAGCAAUGCUUCUUCAGAGAAGUCCUGGGCGAUGGAGUGCCACCGAAGGUUGCAGAAGUGAUAUACAACUCAUUCGGUGGCACAUCCAAAGGGCUACACUUCAACUAUUUAAUCGUCGGCCUGGUUCUGUUGACAAGAGGGCGUGAUGAAGAGAAAGCCAAAUACAUCUUCAGCUUGUUCGCGAGUGAUUCUGCCACCUGUGUGGUCCGGGAGGAUGUGGAGAACAUGCUGCGCUCAGUGGAUGGGGAGGUCCCGCCUUCUCUUAGGAAGUGCUUUACUGAGGGGGAGAAGGUGAAUUAUGAGAAGUUUAAGAGCUGGCUGCUUCAGAAUAAAGAUGCUUUCACGUUCUCCCGCUGGCUGCUGUCAGGUGGCGUGUGCGUAACGUUGACUGACGACAGUGACACACCCACCUUCUAUCAAACCCUGGCAGGUGUCACUCACUUAGAAGAAUCAGACAUUAUCGACUUGGAAAAACGCUACUGGCUGCUGAAAGCUCAAUCAAGGACAGGCCGCUUUGAUUUGGAAACCUUUGUCCCGCUGGUCUCGCCCCCUAUUCAUGCAUCGCUGAGUGAAGGCUUGUUUCAUGCCUUUGAUGAGAAUCGGGACAAUCAUAUUGACUUUAAGGAGAUAUCCUGUGGGCUCUCAGCUUGCUGUCGCGGCCCUGUAGCGGAGAGGCAGAAGUUUUGUUUUAAAGUGUUCGAUGUAGACCGCGAUGGAGUUUUAUCCAGGGAUGAGAUCCACGAGAUGGUGGUGGCGCUGCUGGAGGUGUGGAAGGAUAACCGAACAGACACUCUUCCUGAGUUUGAUUCCAGUGUGUCAGAGAUUGUGGAGGACAUAUUGAAAAUGCACGACACAACAAAACAAGGACAUUUAACUCUGGAGGACUAUCAGAUAUGGAGUGUGAAAAGUGCCCUCGCCAAUGAGUUCCUCAACUUGCUGUUUCAGGUGUGUCAUAUUGUCCUGGGCCUGCGUCCUGCCACCCCUGAAGAGGAAGGCCAGAUCAUUAGGGGUUGGUUGGAGAGGGAAAGCAGGCACGGUUUACAGCCCAGUCAAAACUGGUUCCUGAUCUCCAUGCAGUGGUGGCAGCAGUGGAAAGACUAUGUCAGAUAUGAUAAUAAGUCAAUUGUCAUGGAGCAGCCAUCAGUGCAGGGCAGCGGGAUGAGAAGUUCUCAGUCUGCCGCAUCUGUAGAGCCUAUCCUGAACAGAAUUGGAAUAGUGGUUCGUUCCCCAAGUUCCCCUGAAGAAAAAUUCCCUGACAACAUCUCCAGCUCAUCCGAGGCUUCAGAGAGCACUGGUAAUAGCCUGACCCCACACAUCAGUUCCUCUGCCACAGACGUGUGCUUUGCUCGGCAACACAACAUCUCUGACAACAACAACCAGUGUUUCUCAAGCGCCAAUGGCCAUUUGCCUAACAGUUUGGCCAUGCAGAGACCCGGUGCGAUAGACAACCAGCCUCUGGUGACCACCGAGCCCAUGAAGGCACCUACGCUGACUUUGGAAGGAGGUCGACUGAAAAAGUCCCAUCAAUUGGUGUCUGGCCGGGAGUUUGAGACAGUCCCAGAGCCAGUGUGGAGAGCACUUUACCACUGGUAUGGGGCCAACCUUAGCCUGCCCCGACCGGUUAUCAAGUCUACAGUCAAAGCUCAACCAGAGCUAGAGCUCUUCCCCCUUUACCUUCUGUUCCUGCGGCAGCAACCGGCCACACGGAGCCCUCAGUCCAACAUCUGGGUCAAUAUGGGUAUGAGCAGCCUGCGAAUGUUCCCUCCGCAUAUGCCUCGAGGUAAUGUUCCUUCUCCCAACGCCCCGCUCAAGCGAGUGCUGGCAUACACAGGCUGUUUCAGCAGAAUGUGCACCAUUAAAGACAUUCAUGAGUACCUGUCCCAGAGGUUACGCAUCAAAGAAGAGGACAUGCGCCUCUGGCUUUACAACAGCGAGAAUUACCUCACUCUCCUGGACGAUGAAGAUCACACUUUAGAAAGCUUGAAAAUUCCAGAUGAACAGCACUUAGUCAUUGAGGUUCGAAACAAAGAUAUGAGCUGGCCAGAGGAAAUGUCUUUCAUUGCAAACAGCAGCAAAAUCGACAGACACAAAGUUCCUACUGAGAAAGGUGCCACAGGUUUGAGUAAUCUGGGCAACACAUGCUUCAUGAACUCCAGUAUUCAGUGUGUAAGCAAUACCAAGCCCCUCACUGAGUACUUCAUCUCAGGGCGACACCUGUAUGAGCUUAAUAGAACUAAUCCAAUAGGAAUGCGUGGUCACAUGGCCAAAUGCUAUGGUGAUUUGGUACAGGAACUAUGGAGCGGCACCCAAAAGAAUGUUGCGCCUCUGAAACUCAGGUGGACAAUAGCAAAGUACGCGCCGAGGUUCAAUGGCUUCCAGCAGCAAGACUCCCAGGAGCUUUUGGCCUUUCUGUUGGAUGGGCUUCACGAAGACUUAAAUCGUGUGCAUGAGAAGCCGUAUGUGGAGCUCAAGGACAGUGAUGGACGGCCGGACCACGAGGUUGCUACAGAGGCCUGGGAAAACCAUUUGCGGAGAAAUCGCUCUAUUGUUGUGGACCUCUUCCAUGGGCAGCUUAGGUCCCAGGUGAAGUGCAAGACCUGUGGCCACAUAAGCGCACGCUUUGACCCCUUUAACUUCCUAUCGCUGCCUCUGCCAAUGGACAGCUCCAUGCACUUAGAAAUCACAGUCAUCAAACUUGACGGCUCCACUCCGGUGCGGUACGGGCUCCGUCUCAACAUGGAUGAGAAGUACAUGGGCCUGAAGAAACAGCUGAGCGAGCUCUGCAGCCUGAAACCCGAGCAGAUCCUACUGGCCGAAGUUCACACAUCCAACAUCAAGAACUUUCCUCUGGACAACCAGAAGGUGCGACACUCUGUGAACGGCUUCCUCUGUGCGUUUGAGAUCCCUGUGCCUGGUUCACCCACGUCAGUCACUUCUCCUGUUCAAACAGAAAAACCACCUAUUGCCAAUGGUACAGGAGGAAACAAUCAUAUUGGAAAGUCUGGCCUGAUUCCUAAUGGUAUGCCCAGUACAGUAGUCCCCUGCACCCCUGAGAAACCCCUCGCCAAUGGUAUCCCCAAUGGCCAUGCUGUGCCGGUGCAGGACAGCCCAUUUAUUGGCUACAUUAUUGCCAUGCACAGAAAGAUGAUGCGGACGGAGCUGUACUUCCUGUCCUCUCAGAAGAACAGGCCCAGUCUGUUUGGUAUGCCUCUGAUUGUGCCAUGCACAGUGCACACAAGUAAGAAGGACCUGUAUGAUGCUGUGUGGAUCCAAGUGUCCCGACUUGCAAGUCCACUGCCUCCACAGGAAGCCAGCAACCAUGCUCAAGACUGUGAUGACAGUAUGGGCUAUCAGUACCCCUUUACGCUCCGGGUGGUGCAGAAAGAUGGUAACUCCUGUGCCUGGUGUCCCUGGUACAGGUUCUGCAGAGGCUGCACAGUGGACUGUAAUGAAGACAGAGCAUCUUUGGGGAAUGCCUACAUUGCUGUAGACUGGGAUCCCACCGCCCUGCACCUUCGUUACCAGACGUCUCAGGAAAGGAUAGUAGAAGAGCAUCCCAGUGUUGAGCAGAGUCGGCGCGCUCAAGCAGAGCCCAUCAGUCUGGACAGCUGUCUGAAAGCCUUCACCAGUGAAGAAGAGCUGGGAGAGGACGAACUCUAUUACUGCUCCAAGUGUAAAACACACCGCCUGGCCACCAAGAAGCUGGACCUCUGGAGGCUUCCUCCCGUACUGAUUGUUCAUUUGAAACGCUUCCAAUUUGUAAAUGGUCGCUGGAUCAAGUCUCAGAAGAUUGUGAAGUUUCCACGCGAGAGCUUCGACCCGAGUGCGUUCCUUGCCCCACGGGAGGUGUCUCAGAGCCUUGGCAGCCUGCAGAGCCUGCAGAGUGAGUGCCUGGUGGAGGAGCUCCAGAGGCUGGAGAGAGGAGACUCCUCUGUGUCCUCCAUCUCCACCACCACCGUGGCCAGUCCUCCCACAUCUGGCAGAGCCACGCCGUCCUCCAUCAGGAGGGUCGGCAGUCCCCUGAGCAGAAACAGCAGUCCCGGCAGCAGCCCCAGAAACACAGGCCGAAAACAGGGCCGCUUGCGUCUUCCCCAGCUAGGCAGCAGACAUAGACUCUGCAACAGCAAAGAAAACCUGGAAGCCUGUAGCAACAACAAGGAGAGCGAGAGCGAGGCCGAGCAGAGCGCAGUGACGGACGGAGAGAAUCUGACCCCUGAUGCCAACACACAAGACACCUGGUCACUGGACGCCUCCAGCAACGACUGUGACGUCAUUAUGGUAAAUGGACUAGGACAGGACAGCAGUCAGAGUAAUGGACAUUCAGAGGUCAGCGCCGAUCUGGACACCCCUCACCAAAGAAAUGACAUCUGCCUGGAGCCCCUGUAUAAUUUAUAUGCAAUCUCAUGCCAUUCAGGAAUAAUGGGAGGGGGGCACUAUGUGACUUAUGCCAAAAACCCCAACGAAAAAUGGUACUGUUACAAUGACAGCAGCUGCAAGGAAGUGCACUCGGACGAGAUUGACACAGAUUCAGCCUACAUCCUGUUUUAUGAGCAACAGGGAGUGGACUACUCACAGUUUCUGCCAAAAACAGAGGGCAAGAAGAUGGCAGACACCACUAGCAUGGAUGAAGACUUUGAAUCCGACUACAAGAAGUACUGUGUGCUGCAGUGACACCACAUAAAGCUCUUCCACAUGAAAGACACUAGAGGGGUCUGCCAGUACGCUGAACGCGCCCCACAGGACCGUCAUUUGUGAAAGCACAAAACAUCAGUUAGCCGACAGGCACGACUCCGCCGCUAACUGCGCUUUCAGAAUAGAGGUACCUGACACUGCAGAUACACCAGGGAGAAGGCCAACGAGUGACAACUGUAGCUCACCAUCACGUGAUUGUUGCCAAGCAGACAAAAAAAUCUCCUAGCCAAUCCCUCUAUAUCACCAGACAGACAGACCAAACUGCACUUUCACAUGCCAACCCACACAGGUGAAUCCAAAAAUCAAACACUGCUCAAUUUCAGAAUGCUAAAGGAGAAAACAGGUCCUUUUGAAUUCGAAAACGGUUGGUAGAAAUUAUACGUUUCUCUCAAGGUUUUGUUGGUUGAUUCCUUUUUUUAUUGUGACCGAGAGAGCUUAACACGCUGCAAUUUAAGAAAACACAUGCAAUUACAAAAAAACACCAACAAAUAAAGAAACGAUCUUCAUCAGUUUGACAGCACAUUUUAAUCACAACGCAAACAAUUUUGCAUUUUGUCACGACACAAACAACUUAAGAAACGCGCUGCAUUUUGUCACAACACAAACAACUUAAGAAACAAACUUCAUUUUGUCACAACACAAACAACUUAAGAAACAAACUUCAUUUUGUCACAACACAAACAACUUAAGAAACGAACUUCAUUUUGUCACAACACAAACAACUUAAGAAACGAACUUCAUUUUGUCACAACACAAACAACUUAAGAAACAAACUUCAUUUUGUCACAACACAAACAACUUAAGAAACAAACUUCAUUUUGUCACAACACAAACAACUUAAGAAACGAACUUCAUUUUGUCACAACACAAACAACUUAAGAAACGAACUUCAUUUUGUCACAACACAAACAACUUAAGAAACGAACUUCAUUUUGUCACAACACAAACAACUUAAGAAACAAACUUCAUUUUGUCACAACACAAACAACUUAAGAAACAAACUUCAUUUUGUCACAACACAAACAACUUAAGAAACGAACUUCAUUUUGUCACAACGCAAAUAUCCAUGUAACACAACAGAAAUGUUUUAAGGGGACCCAAAAACAUGACGGACCCUGCUGAGAUAUGGAUGUGUUGUUAUGCCGUGACUGUUGUUCAGUCAGGUUGUUGGUGGUCUUUGAAAUGUGAGUAUUUUUGUUUAUUUUAAUAUCCUGAUUACACGAUUAUCCUGAGUCUUUUGUAAAUUAUUUGCCUUAUUGAUGAUAAACUGAAAUGUUUCCGUUUAAUUUGUUUGUGUUGUGACAAAAUGCAGUGCGUUUCUUCAGUUGUUUGUGUUGUGACAAAAUGCAGCGCGUUUCUUCAGUUGUUUGUGUUGUGACAAAAUGCAGUGCGUUUCUUCAGUUGUUUGUGUUGUGACAAAAUGCAGCGCGUUUCUUCAGUUGUUUGUGUUGUGACAAAAUGCAGCGCGUUUCUUCAGUUGUUUGCGUUGUUAAAAUGCAGUGCGUUUCUUCAGUUGUUUGUGUUGUUAAAAUGCAGUGCGUUUCUUCAGUUGUUUGCGUUGUUAAAAUGCAGCGCGUUUCUUCAGUUGUUUGCUUUGUUAAAAUGCAGUGCGUUUCUUCAGUUGUUUGUGUUGUUAAAAUGCAGCGCGUUUCUUAAGUGUGUUGUGACAAAAUGCAGCGCGUUUCUUCAAGUGUUUGUGUUGUGAGAAUUUUCAACACAUGUGCUGUUAAACUGAUGAAGAUCGUUUCUUAAUUUGCUGGUGUUUUUGUAAUUGCAUGUGUUGCAGCACGUUAAGCUCACUUGGCCACUGUACGUUUUUCCAGUAAGUUCCAUACACUACCUCACAUCUUUCAUAAUUUAUUGGCCAACUGUUCAUAAACAAAUCAAUGACAGUAUUAUAUAAUCCGAGAGCAGUUGAAAUCAUUGACUUUAAUUAAAUUUUCAUCAAGAAAGAUUUCUUUCAACCAAUUGAACUAUCCUUCCUCUCCUCUGCUGCCAAAUUAUGCUAAUUUUGUUGUUCUAGACCUAGUUUCAAAUGGUUAUUUCCAGAUUUUGUUUCUCUUUAGAAGAGUAUAUGUAUAUUUUUUUCUUUUAAAUUUUUUAUACGUUUAUUUUUAUCUUUUUUUUUUUAAAUGCAGUAGUUCACUUUGCCUAAACGCGUUCGCUUUCAGCUUUAGUCUGAUCAAACCACGUCCUCUCAACAUAAGUGCAGCUUUUCACAAGUUUUAUUGUUACCACUGUACUUUCUUGCUUCACAAAAUACUGGUGACCGCAGACGAAGACUAAAAACAGCAAGCGGAAACAUAUCUUAUGGAUGAGACUUCACGUGUCCAAGCCAAAGCGUUGAACCGGUCAUGUACAUAGUUUGUGGCAAGCUUCGAAAGCCGUUAGAUGAGAGCGUCUGUCGCGUGAACAGUAUUAGCACAGGAAUCUUUCACACACUUUGCUUUUAGAGAACAGCAUUCUCACUAAACUGCUGAAGGUUGGGGACGUCUGUGGCUGCUCCAGGUUAUUAGUAGCAUUUCUUCAGUGACUCUUGCUAAAAGAGCCCACCUUAAUUACCACUGUGAAAAGAUGAAAUCUGAAAUAUUGAAUGGCUCUUAAUUUUCAGCGACCCAUCAACCCAACGAGCUCCUCCUGCGAGGGGACGUUAAACCUUUCGGAAAUCAUCGGGAAUCAUUCAAAGCACCCAUUUUGCUGCUGUACUCUUCAUGGAUAUUCUGAAUGUUUGCCAUCAAAUAAAGGUGUAUCCCUGUCGGAAAAAAAGAAAUGAAGUAAACACACAGCUGUAUUAAUCAACUGUAAACGUUUUUAGGUGUUUUAACGUUUAAAGAAAAGGAGAGAUCUAAAUUCAAAGCUAAAAGUGAAAAUUGGCCAAAUGGGGUUUUAAACAUUGCCUUUUUUUGAUACAGGGAUAAUUUAUUCAAAUGGCAAAAUGAUCUCUUUUCCAAGUAGUGCAAUCAACUACUGAUACGUGUGUCUUCGUCCAUGUCGUUAGUCCUAAUUUCUGUUAAAUUAAUUUUGAUGCUAGAGAUGUAUUAAUUUAAUGAACUUUAUUUUGUAAAGUGUUGUUUAAAGAAAAAGCGAUUGACAUUGCACUGACAAAUGUACAUAAAUGUUUUGUAAAUACGCCAAUGAAAACGAUGAUGUAUUUGAAAAUGAACUGUACAAAUGUACUUGUAGUUGUAUAUGGAGUGACGACGUUGAUCUGUAACAAUUAUUCAAGAAACGAAUUAAAUGCAGCCAAAUGCGA